AUGGCACCGCCAACGUACAAGGACAAGACGUACCUCUAUGUCCUUCCUGAGCAAGUCCCUGGGGCGCAAAAGACGCUCAAGUGCCGAACGAUCGCGACGAAGGCUGUUCCGGCGGUGGAGUUCGAGGUCCCGAAGAACGACUGCAAACUCCAGAUCGUGACGGCGAAGGAAGCGACGACAGCCCCUCUCGGUCACUGGCUGUGCCAGUUCGUCGUUCUCGCGCAUGAAGGUCGUGCCUUUACCGGCCAAGUGCAAGCGGUUCAUGUCGAGGACGAGAUGUUCACGGUGGUGUGUGCCCACCAACGCGUGAAGUUUGACGUGUCCCUCACGCCGCCAGAGGAAGCCGAGAAACGGAUGAAGCGAGCUCGGCGCAUCCACGCCCGUAUCGAGAAGCGCAUCACGGACCCAGCUGAAGGGUCGCGCGACUUGGCCGUCAUCUUGGCAGAAAUCAUGCCCGACGGCGAGGAAGUGCCGGCAACUAUCGAUCUGGUGUCGCCGGCGACAGGCAAAAAGUCACGGGUGUCGGCGCAGCACGUGGUCGACCACCUUUUCUAUUCUGUCGAAGGACGCAAAGCGCCUGAAGAUGGCUCGGUGGGCGACCAGUACUGGGAAGACCCCCGUUUCGGGGACAUGGGCGACGACGAACUCGAGGAACGCCCCGAAAGCGACCAUCCCGGGUCAAGCGACUCGGAGGUCGCAAUGAGCGACGAUUCAGUGCUGACCCGGCGGUCGGUCAGGCCCGUCAACACACCUAAGGAACCGCUCAAGCGACCCAGCGGUGUUGCUACGCCUGACAGCGGUGUGUAUUGGGAAAACGGCAACCAGCGGUCCGAAGCCAUCGUCGUGCGGGCGCCUCACCCGUCGGACUCGUCGCCAGCCGGUCCACAGACGCAAUUCUGGCGUGGCGAUGACGCGGAGAUGGACUGUGCUCUCGCCCACGCGCGCUAUCUCGCCGGUUUCGGCGACGCUGGCCCGGCCAAGCGUCCGCGAGCGGAGUUUAACCCGAAUGCAAUCGAGAUGGGGAUCCACUGUCUGGCCUUGAAGCCGAAGGUCAUCGCGUACAUCAAGAAGUCGCUCGGUGGUUUCAACUCCAAGUUCAAGCGCCUGGAAGCGUCGACCUGA